AUGGUCACGUUUGAGGAGAAGAUGAGGGAGGGAAACUUACUGUUCAAGGAAGAGCAGCGGAUCAUGGACAUAUCUCUGCGGCUAGCUGAGCAGACCGACCAGCUGCUCCAGCUGCUUGUUGAGCUCAAUUCGUGCCCCCAAGUGCCGCAAAGGCUACGUUACGAUCUUCGGUCUCCUGCUGAGGGUGGUUCGGGUGACAAAAAUCUGAAACCUCCAGUAUCUGAAGAAGACGGACACUUAGGUCUGAGAAAGGCCAGAACACAACUACAAGCUGGAGAAAUCACCCUGGCAAGAUACAGAGAAAUCGAAGUAGCGCUCCUCAAGACUCCAGAAUUUGCCCCCAGUCGUUCGUACGCUUCACUGCUCUCAAUGGCACCUACUCCUGCUCAAUCGUUCGAGAAGAUGGACCCGAGCAAUGCCGUUUCGUGCAGCUUGUUGUCGACCAAACAGGAAGAGCAAUACCUGCAAGGGUUGGAUGCAUUCCUCGAGGGCACGGCGACUAUUCCUAGGCCACAUGUGGCCAACAGUCUGGGGAAUCGGAAUGCAGAAAAGACAGCAGAGCGUGAACGGGAAACACAAUUGAAAAACCCGGUGUCUGUCUACAAUUGGCUCCGAAAGCAUCAGCCUCAAGUAUUCCUCCAGGACAAUGAAGCCAGCACAGAAAAGACGCCUCGAGCCACCGGAUCACGGAGUUCUACGCGCAAAUCGGCAAACAAGGAAUCUUUGAAACUGGAACAGGAAUAUUAUGAUGAGGAUGGUAUUGCUUUGGACAAUGGAUCGACAUUGAGAGGAAAGAGGAAACGAGACGCUGAUGGCGGAUAUCGACCCAAAGGAGGCAAUUGCAAAAGCACCAAGCGCAGGAAGGAAACAAAGGAGGAUUCAGGGCGAAGCAAGCGGAUCAAGAAGCUGUCGAUGGACGCCAGAUAA